CUCAAAUACUUCUCACCGCCAUAUUGGCUCGCAUUUCUUACUCUGGGGUGGGGAGCGACCCUCAUGGUUAUGGCCGCUUCACAGAAUUACAUCACUGUACUCCUUCUACGUCUCCUAAUAGGUGCGUUCAUCGCAGGCCUCGCACCUGGCAUAAUCUACUUCUCCACAUUCUGGUAUCGCCUUCAAGAACGUUCCGUUCGUAUGUCAUUGAUUAUGGCAUCUACACCUCUUGGAGCCGCUUUCGGUGGAAGCGUUGCCUACGGAGUCGGCAGUCUGAAUGGUGUUCGAGGUUUGGAAGGGGCGCCAGCAUGCUUACUCGCAAUCUUCGUGUUCCUCUUCUUACCUGCUUAUCCUGAGAAUGCAACAUGGCUCUCCGACGACGAUCACGCUCUCGCCAUCCGCCGCAUGAAACACGAGUCCUCCAAGUCUGUCGGGCAUGCGAAGAUAACUUGGGAUGGUGCCAAGUCGACGUUGAAAGAUGGGCGACUGUAUUUGCACUAUUUGUUUGCUGUGGUUUCCUUCGUCCUGUCGGCCGCCAUAGGACUCUUCACACCGACAAUUGUCAGUGGACUAGGAUACCAAGGAAGGAAUGCACAGCUAUUUGUCAUCCCGCUCUUUGCUGCCACGUCUGUAGGUACCGUAGGGUUGUCAGCGGUGGCAGACAAGUAUCGAGCGUGGUCAAUGUGUGUACUACUCUCACAAAUUUUAGCAGGGGUGACGUUCAUUGCUCAAGGAAUCCUAUCGCCAACAGCCUUUAAAGCGCGUUACACGCUGCUCUGUUUCGGAUCGAUGUUUGCCUUCAUGCAUUCGGGGGCUGCGACGGCUUGGUUUACCGGCAACCUAAGGGAUACAAAUGCAACGACCCUGGCCAUCGCCAUUUCUACAACAGUUACCUUGGCGGGACAGGUCAUUGCCUGUACUCAGCUGUUACGGACGAUUUACAAGCGGAGGAAUAAGAAACUGCAAACGGGACAGAAUCCGUGGAUAGUAUAACAUUUCUGUGUUUCCGU